CCCGGCCGUCAGCUGAUGGGCCCCGCGGGAGGCCCCCGCCGCCGCCGCCGCCGCCGCGAACAUGGCGGCCGAGAUCCACUCCAGGCCGCAGAGCAGCCGCCCCGCGCUGCUGAGCAAGAUCGAGGGGCACCAGGACGCCGUCACGGCCGCGCUGCUCAUCCCCAAGGAGGACGGCGUCAUCACCGCCAGCGAGGACAGAACCAUCCGAGUAUGGCUGAAAAGAGACAGCGGUCAGUACUGGCCCAGCAUCUAUCACACGAUGGCCUCUCCCUGCUCUGCUAUGGCCUACCAUCAUGAUAGCAGACGGGUGUUCGUGGGCCAGGAUAACGGCGCCGUAAUGGAAUUUCACGUUUCUGAAGAUUUUAAUAAAAUGAACUUUAUCAAGACCUACCCAGCUCAUCAGAACCGGGUGUCUGCGAUUAUCUUCAGCCUGGCGGCAGAGUGGGUGAUAAGCACCGGCCACGACAAGUGUGUCAGCUGGAUGUGCACCCGCAGUGGAAACAUGCUCGGGAGGCACUUCUUCACUUCCUGGGCUUCGUGUUUACAAUACGAUUUUGAUACUCAGUAUGCUUUUGUUGGUGAUUAUUCUGGACAGAUCACCCUGCUGAAGCUGGAACAGAAUACCUGCUCAGUCAUUACAACCCUCAAAGGCCAUGAAGGUAGCAUCGCUUGCCUCUGGUGGGACCCCAUUCAGCGGCUGCUCUUCUCUGGAGCCUCUGACAACAGCAUCAUUAUGUGGGACAUCGGCGGCCGCAAAGGCCGCACGCUCCUGUUGCAGGGCCACCACGACAGGGUGCAGGCCCUGUGUUACCUUCAGCUCACAAGGCAGCUGGUCUCCUGUUCCUCGGAUGGAGGGAUCGCCGUGUGGAACAUGGACGUUAGCAGAGAGGAGGCUCCUCAGUGGCUGGAGAGUGAUUCUUGCCAGAAGUGCGAGCAGCCCUUUUUCUGGAACAUAAAGCAGAUGUGGGACACAAAGACGCUGGGGUUGAGACAACACCACUGCAGGAAGUGCGGGCAGGCGGUGUGUGGGAAGUGCAGCAGCAAGCGCUCCAGCUACCCCGUCAUGGGCUUCGAGUUCCAGGUCCGGGUGUGCGACUCCUGCUACGACUCCAUCAAGGAUGAGGACCGGACUUCUCUAGCAACCUUUCACGAAGGAAAGCAUAACAUCUCCCACAUGUCCAUGGACGUAGCCAGGGGACUGAUGGUGACCUGUGGGACCGACCGCAUCGUAAAGAUAUGGGACAUGACGCCCGUGGUGGGCUGCAGUCUGGCGGCCGGCUUCGCCCCUCGCUGACCCGGGAGCCGGCCGAGGUCUCCCCUGCCCGCGCACCUGCCCGCGCAGCCCUUCCCGGGCUCCCCGCUCGGCACCUGGAUGGACGGUGGCCGCUGAAACAGAACAGAACACGACGACAUUUAAAAAAACCCAAAAAACGUAAGGUGUGUCGGGGGCAUUUGUGGAACUACCCGUGGGGACGAGCAUGGGACGAAAGCUCAUCCGUAGCGGUUCCCUGAGGCGAGGAGUGACCGGGCUGAGACGCGCCGCCCGCAGCGAGCUCCCGUGGGCUGAGGGAGCCGUUUGGCCCAUGCGACUUUGUGAGGAAAGAACCGUUCCCGAGGGCGUCGUGCUUCCGACUUCCCUGGAGCAGUUCGGGGCCGGCGCCUUCCUCUGGGCCGCGCUGCGGGAGGCCUCGCGCCCCUGGACGUGGGACCCUCCCCGCCCCGCGCCCGGCGGCCCCUCGCCGGCCCCUUCCCCGCACGUGCUCCGACGACGACGUGUUCCUGGUGCUGUUGAGGUGGGAGCCGCCGCCGCCGCCUGAGUCCUCUGCUGCUCGGUGCGGCGAGCGGGCGGCAGGCGGGCCCCUGCGGGGGUGGCCUCGGUGACCACGCGCCUCAGAAGAACAAAACAGAACGACUCCAAAGCUUUCCAAACUCUGCUGACUUCUCGUUGUAAGGACUAUCACGACCGUGUCACGGACGGGAGUGAGUCACCUGGAGCGCUAAUCCCUGACCGGGCCCGCACGGUCCUUGCUACCUUGUAAACUGCUCCCGUAGCAAAUGGCAUUUUUAGAGUUUUGGGCCACUUGGUACCAAGUGGGGAAGGUACCAGGAUGGGGAAGCGGUGGGGGACGGGGAGCCUGUCCUUUAAUAUUCCAAUAUUUAUUUCUCUGUUUAACGGCAGUCCCACGUACCUAUUACUUUAGGGCUAUGCAGGUGAGUGGAGAGAGGCCUACUUGUCUUAAUGACAAAUUUUAAAGUAGAUAGCAACAUUUUUGUGAGUCUUCCUAGUGGAAAUUGAGAAAAACUCACUACUGCGUCACUGUGCCGAGGUCGUAUGAAGGCGGCGUGGUGGCUCCGUGCGGUAGCAGGAAGGGACUAAAUCUGGUUUUUAACGACUGAGACAGGACAAUCGUGUUUAAGACCGGUAAUUAAACGGAGAUGUGCUCCUGACCAAGUGACACAAACAAUAAGGAAAGGAGGUCAGGCAGCUCAUAUUCUAGAAUGAUCUGCAUUAAAAAUGGACUUGUUUUCAGAAAUAAGACGGAAGGGUUUUGUCGCUCCGUGUAACCUUUGUGUUCUACCACCUGAGGAGGGUGGUUCCUUUAAAAAAAGACUGGUCUGUAAAAUCCUUGCAAAACGACUGAUGCUAAGACAGGCUGGAAGGAGAUGGGAGGAAGGGGACCUUCCAGGGCAGCUCCUGUUCAGCUAAUGGUCCGGCACGUACACAGGUGCUCUCCUGGGAUUUCACCAACGUCCUGAAGGGAAAAUAGGACAGGAUCUGUUUCUUGCCUUGUUGAUGAGUACUGAACUGUGGUUUUGUUUGCCUUUAACUUCUGGAAAAUGUGGUUUUAUAAUCUGUGGUAGACUGAGCACAAUAUCAUGCCGUAGCUUUCUACUUUCUUUUAUUUUAAAAAAUUCUAAAUGAAGGACCCAGUAUUCUGUAGGGAACAUAAGGUCGUGAGAGCGCCUCCUAAUAUUAGGGGUUAAGCUAAUGUAAAUCAAAAGGGAAAGGCACAGGGAAGGAAGAAUGGAGAAGGGUAUCCAGAAAAGGCAAGUAUGUUUUCAUUGACUUUUCUCUCUACCAGAGCCUGUUUGCACUUUGCUUUUUAAAAACACACACAGUCUUGUCUCUACUACACACCAGGGAGCAAAUGGGGUAAUAUUUUUUAUAGAGGUGGGCAAAAAUUAUUUUCUGAAUUCUGCUGACCAGACACAUAAGGAAAACCCAGCUAGACUUCUAGGUCCUGCCUUAUUUUGUCUGCAUUACUCUUAAACGGGUCCUUUAAAAUAGCUCUUCAACUAACAGUUCAUGGUUUUUCCAUUCCUGAAUACUCAACAUGGAUUUCUAUAGCUAGGGGUUAAGAAGUACAGAAUGUUAGAGAAGAUUUUUGGGUUUUAGAUCUAGUACAGAUGCAAUAAGGAAAUGCAAUCUUUCAUUGGAGACAUGUUCUAAAAUUGCCUUUUUUUUUUUUUUUUUUUUUUUUUAGUGCAAAUGGCAAAAACAUCCCCAUGGCAUUAGCUGGCCACAGGUUAUUCAGUGUACUGUACACCUCUAUUCACCACGUUCUAUUUCUGGCCUGCUGCCUGCAGGAUAUGAACAAAAAAUAGGGCUCUAGAAUGUGGCACUUGGUUGAAACUGGCCUACCUGCUUAUAUAAUAAAUUCCAUAGUGACUCAGACCCGAGGCAAUAUUUUCUAAAAUGAGAGGUUUCGUUCAUUUACUUCCUACUUCUGUUACUGGAUCUGAUAUCUUCUAAAAUGUAAGGAACCAGUUACUAUUAAUGAUAACCAUCUGCUCAUUAUAAAUGUGAGGUCUAACAAAUAAGUAAUACAUGCUAUAUUUAUUCAAGUGUCUAUUGCUUAAUUGUUAAUUAUGAGCAGGUCAUUGAACACCUACUCUUAUUUUCUGCAGUUUACUGUACAGUAACUCUUUGAGUAAAUCGAUUAAUUGUGCAACAAAUUUAUAUUAGGAUACAAUUUAAAGUGUUUUACUCUAUAGCCUUUUUGACGGGGGGAAGCAAAGGGCGGUGUUGAUUAGUACAUUUUGUCUUGUACUAGCUCUGUUUCUAUAAGAUGCGGUGCCCUGUGUAUCCCAGAGAGUUAGAAAACUUUGUUCUUUGCUCCUGUUUGUGGGUUCAGUUUUUGUGGGUUUUUUUGAGAAUAUACAUACACAAUAAAAUGUUCCUUGCUUGUUA